AUGACUGAGGACUCCCAGAGAAACUUUCGUUCAGUAUACUAUGAAAAAGUGGGGUUUCGUGGAGUUGAAGAGAAGAAAUCAUUAGAAAUUCUCCUAAAAGAUGACCGUCUAGAUAUCGAGAAACUUUGUACUUUCAGUCAGAGGUUCCCUCUCCCAUCCAUGUACCGUGCGUUGGUCUGGAAGGUGCUCCUUGGCAUCUUGCCUCCACACCAUGAGUCCCAUGCCCAGGUGAUGAUGUAUCGCAAGGAGCAGUACUCUGAUGUCCUUCACGCCUUGGAAGUCAUCCGCUUUAUCAGUGAUGCCACCCCUCAGAUUGAAGUCUAUCUCUACAUGCACCGGCUGGAGUCUGGGAAGUUGCCUCGAAGUCCUUCGUUUCCACUGGAGCCAGAAGAUGAAGUGUUUCUUGCCAUCGCGAAGGCCAUGGAAGAGAUGGUGGAAGAUAGCGUCGACUGUUACUGGAUCACGCGAUGCUUCGUGAACCAGCUGAAUAGCAAGUACCGGGACGCUCUGCCCCAGCUGCCAAAGGCUUUUGAACAAUACUUGAAUCUGGAAGAUGGCCGACUGCUGAGUCACCUGAAGGCCUGCUGUGCGGUGUCCACGCUUCCCUACGAGCUGUGGUUCAAGAAGUGCUUCGCCGGGUGCUUGCCCGAGUCCAGCUUACAGAGGAUUUGGGAUAAAGUUGUAAGUGGAUCCUGUAAGAUACUAGUUUUUGUAGCUGUGGAAAUUCUCUUAACCUUUAAAAUAAAAGUAAUGGCACUGAACAGUGCAGAGAAGAUAACGAAGUUUCUGGAAAACAUUCCCCAGGACAGCUCGGACGCGAUCGUGAGCAAGGCCGUCGACUUGUGGCACAAGCACUGCGGGACCCCGGUGCACUCCGCCUGA